AUGGUAUUCAUGCUGUUGGGUUUACUGCUACUGUCUGAGGCAAUGCAUGUUGUUUGUUGUGCUCACUGUAAAAUCAGUGACCCUCUUCCAAUUCAGCACAAGUAUUAUCACUCAGGAGACCUCAUCAUUGGUGGUAUAAUUUCUCAGAUCUUCAUGUUUUUCAGCCCGAUAACCUUUGAAAGACAUCCCUCUCACGAACUCCUUGAUGUUGUCUAUUUUGCUGCAAGCUGGACCCACCUUGCCUCGAUGGAACUUCUCUCCACACGCAACAGAUUAAUCCCCAACUACAAGUGUGAUGUGUGGGAUAAAACAGUAGCUGCCAUUGGGGGACCUAAUUUAGAUGUGUCUUUCGUUAUGACAGUUAUUCUGUCUCUCUACAAGAUUCCACAACUCAGAUAUGGCUCUGCUCCAGUGAUGCCUGAUCAAACCCAAGAAGCUUUCUUCCAGCAAAUGUUCCCAAAUGGAGAACAGCAGUAUAUGGGGAUUCUCCAUUUGCUGCUGCUUUUCAGGUGGACCUGGAUUGGAGUGGUUUGUAUAGAAUAUGAUAGUGGAGAGAGUUUUGUGCAGACUGUGGUUCCCAAGUUUUGCAAGAGUGGUAUUUGCUUUGAAUUUAUAGAAUUUUUGAAUAAAUUGAGAAGGUUCAGCACGGACAGUUUUUAUGCUUUUACGACAGCGUUCCAAACAUACAAGAAUAUUCUGAAAAGCACUACGAAUGUUGUGAUCAUAGACGGAGACAUUAAAACUAUGCUAAUUUUGAGAAUGUUUCCUCAGAUUUCAGACAUUGAGGACACGCCAAUGAAGACAAAAGGGAAAGUCUGGAUUAUGAUGGCCCAGAUGGAAUUCACAUCACUUUCCUUUCAAAGAGAUUGGGGCAUAGACAUCAUCCAUGGUGCGAUAUCCAUUGCAAUCCACUCAAAGGAGAUUUUAGGAUUCCAGAAAUUUGUUCAGAUGAGAAAUCCUAACGUGGAGAAAGAUGAUGGCUUUAUUAGGGUUUUCUGGGAAACAGUAUUUAACUGUCAGUUCUCUAACUCAGAGAAAAAUGAGUUUGAUGUGGAGAUCUGCACUGGGGAUGAGAAGCUGGAGACUCUUCCCACAUCUGUUUUUGAAAUGAGCAUGAUUGGCCAUAGCUACAGUAUCUACAAUGCAGUCUAUGCUGUGGCACAUGCUUUGCAUGCCAUGCAUUCAUCGAAAUUCAAGAGAAGAGCAAUGGUGGUGAGAGGAAGAUGGAAGCAUCUAAAUCAACAGCCGUGGCAGCUUCACCACUACCUGAGAAGUGUCUCAUUUAAUAACAGUGCUGGGGAAGAGGUUUCCUUUGACCAAAGUGGGGAAUUAGUAGCUGGAUAUGAUGUUAUCAACUGGGUGACAUUUCCAAACCGGUCCUUCUCGAGAGCCAAAGUUGGAAAGGUAGACCCCAACGCUCCCCAAGACAAAAUGUUGAGCAUUUCUUUAGAUGCCAUUGUAUGGCCAACCCCAUUUAACCAGACACAACCCCUUGCAUUGUGUAAUGACGUCUGCAAACCGGGUUAUAGCAAGAGAAAGAAGGAAUUGGAGCCAUUUUGCUGCUAUGAUUGCUUUCCAUGUCCAGAAGGGAAGAUUUCAAACCAAACAGAUAUGGAUGACUGUUUUCGGUGCCAAGAUGAUCACUAUCCAAACAAAGGCCAGGAUUUAUGCAUUCCAAAAGAGAUCAGCUUCUUGUCUUAUGAAGAACCUUUGGGGAUCACUUUGACUACUUUUGCCCUUUCCUUUUCUUCUAUCACAGUUUUGGUGCUUUGGAUCUUCAUUAAGCACCGGGAAACUCCCAUUGUCAAAGCUAACAACCGAAGCCUCACCUACACUCUCCUCAUCUGCCUCUUGCUCUCCUUCCUUUGUGCUCUGCUAUUUAUUGGUCAACCUGAGAAACUGACAUGUCUCCUUCGCCAAACUGCUUUUGGCAUCGUUUUCUCUGUGGCAGUUUCUUGUGUUUUGGCAAAAACCAUCAUUGUGGUUCUAGCUUUCAUGGCCACCAAGCCUGGGUCCAAUAUGAGGAAAUGGGUAGGGAAAAGGUUGGCCAUUUCUGUUGUGUUUUCUGGCUCCCUGAUUCAAGCCACUCUUUGUAUUGUAUGGCUGGCAACCUCUCCCCCUUUCCCAGAUUUAGACAUGCACACAAUGACUGAAGAGAUUGUUUUGGAAUGUAAUGAAGGCUCACUCAUCAUGUUUUACUCUGUCCUGGGCUAUAUUGGUUUCCUGGCCUUGACCAGCUUCAUGGUGGCUUUCCUAGCGAGAACAUUACCAGACAGUUUCAAUGAAGCCAAGUUCAUCACCUUCAGCAUGUUGGCCUUUUGCAGUGUUUGGGUGUCCUUUGUUCCAACCUACUUGAGCACCAAAGGAAAAUACAUGGUUGCAGUGGAGAUCUUUUCCAUAUUGGCCUCCAGCGCUGGGCUGCUGGGCUGCCUCUUUUUCCCUAAAUGCUACAUCAUUCUGUUAAAGCCUACGCUUAACAACAGAGAGCAGCUAGCGAUAAGAAAGCAUUAA